ACAAACCCCGCCCCCUCCGCGCUCCCAUUGGCUGCGGCCGGUUGCCUUGGCGACGACGGCGGCGUCGCCGUGUGGUGUGCGCCCGGCGGGGAUGGGGAGCGGCGGUUCGGCGGGGCCGCGCCUGGCGGCGGCCGAAGGCCCGGACGGCGAGGAGCAGCGGUUGGAGGUUCGGGGCGGCCGGAUCCCGACCUCCCUUUGGGCCCAACGGGGGUUACGGAAGCUCUACCUGAGCGGCGCGGGGCUGCGGGAGGUGCCGGUUGAACUGGGGGCCUUGAAGCACCUCCGCACUCUGGCCCUGGACGGCAACGAGCUGAUGGAGGUGCCCGAGGCCUUGUGCCGCUUACCCCGCCUGGCCUACCUCUACCUGGGCCGCAACGGCCUGCAGGCCCUGCCGCCCGCCUUCGCCCGCCUCCAGAGCCUGCGCUGCCUGUGGUUGGAGGGCAACUUCCUCGCCCGCUUCCCCCGGGCCCUCCUGGGCCUCCCUGACCUCCGCAGCCUCCAGCUGGGUGACAACCGCCUGGCCCGCCUGCCCCCCGGUUUGCCCCGCAUGGCCGGCCUGCGGGGGCUUUGGCUCUACGGCAACCGGUUGGAGGAGUUCCCCCCCGUCCUGCUGCGCAUGGCCCGCCUCCGCCUCCUCGACCUGGACCGCAACCGCAUCGCCCGCUUCCCCGACCUCACCUGCCUGCCCGCCCUGCGCCUCCUCUCCUACGACCACAACCCCGUCCGGCAGCCCCCCAGCGUCGGGGACGAGGUGCGGUUGGUGGGCGAGGGGGCUCAGGAGUUCAUGGAGGCACGGCAGGAGCGCCUGCAGAGCCUCCAGCAGCAGCAGGAGGAGGAGGAAGAGGAGGAAGGCGGCACCGAGGCCCCACCGGUGGACCCCGAGGAUGGCUCCCCGCUGCUGGAUGAUGGGGAAGGGGGCUUGGCAGCCCUGCCAGCCUCCCCGGAGGAAGGCUGAGCCACUAGGCACCCACAGAUACGUGGCAUGGAGGGAUGGGGGAGCCUCCACUGUCUGCCAGGUAGGGCUGGGGAAGAAGGAGAGCCCCCCAAGCGAAGGAAAACAGACGGUCUGAAGACCAGCAUCUCCCAGUUGGGACAGCAAAGAGCUGCCACCUGGAUCCACAGGGCUCGUGGGUCACUGUCGUGAUCUCCGAGCCCACCUCAGAGCCUCCCACGUAACCACAGGGUGCCUUGGAUGGGGGGAAACGUCCCUCUGCCACGAUGGGUGACCCCAGAAACCCUCCUUGCCUGCUGGGCAGGCCCUGCUGAGAGCCACACGAGCACGGGGGACCUUCCUACCACGCACAGCAGCUGCCCCACAACCUCCAGGAGUAUCCUUUGCUCCUGGCUCUGUGGGGCAGGACAGGAAAAAGCAAUGCCGUUUGCAUCCCCGUCACCCCAAAGAGCUGCAAGGUUUGAGAGCAAACGCACAGACCCCUUCUCAGCCCCAAGAGCCCUUCUCCUGCUGCUGGAAUUGCACUCAGGGGGGGUGGGAGAAGUCUCCUGGGGGGCUCCUCCUGGCCCCCAGGUUCGGGAAGGAGCCGAUGGAAACUCCACCCAGGCACAAGUGCUGCCUCUCUCAAGCCUGGAAGGGGUUUUGUACGGGAAGGGGAGCCCCAGCUCUGGCUCUGUCUGCCCCAAAACGGGCACCAAAGCCCGGGCUGCCGCCUUAUCCCUCCUCUUCCCCCUCCCUGAGUGCUGUUUCUACCGAAAUUCAAGCAAUAAAAAGCACA